AAGACAUUACAAAAGGAUGCGCAGACUAUAAAGGGAGUAACUAUCGGUGAAAUAAAAAUGUUUGGAGUAAAAUAUGCAGUGUCCAUAACUUUGAUGUGCAACAUCUUUGUAAUUGAUAACAUGCUUCACGCUGCUCGUACAAAGAGAGGAAUUGAUAUUGCUAUAGUUGACAAGUAUAAUCAACUAGUGAAAUAUAAAUGCAGAAUAAAGAUGGAGAUAAACUUUUUUAAUGAAAGGCAAUUGCUGCUCAGUUUAAUUGAAAUGGAAGGUAUUCUAUCUUAUUUAAAAAGUGAUGCAUCCAUGGCGACUAAAAUGAGCACGUUUACUGAGGUACAAAGUAGUAUCAAGGGCAUCAAAAAAUCAAUGAAACAAAUAAUCAUAAGAAAAAAUGCAUACGAUAAACAAGUGAAUCAAAUCAACGAAAUAGCUCUUGGACCUUCACGCGUGACACCUAGUAUAGAGUCACUUAUAAUAGAGUUAAAGGGUUUUUCAUUCGGUUAUAAAUUGUACAAUACGGACCAAAAGCUAAUGAAAAUCAAGUUAUUGUCAAAGUUAGUAAGCACCGUCGGAAAGAAGAAGAUAAUGAAGAAGUUGGCAAAAGGUGGACGAAGCAGAGGCAGUGUUAAUAAAUUCAUAGUGAAACUGAAUAAAAUGAAAAAAGUUCUGAACCAGCUUAAGAAGGCUGUGCUGAAACUGAAAUAUGAUAUUGUGGAAUUCAAUGGGAUUUCAGGAAUUGGACCAACUGCCGGUAUCAUGGAACACGUUCCCGUUGCUCCUGAACAUGGAGAGGUACAGGAAAUUGUAAGUGAUGACAUGGAAUGUGGUGGAGGGUAUACCGUGUCAUGUCAAUAUGGGUAUCAACUUAACAGGGACGCCAAGUAUGAUAUUCUUCGACAAACAACGGAGGAAAACCUGGUCACCGAUGAGAUACAAUGCAUUGCCACACCGAUUGGGCACUGGCCACUGACCAUAUAUGACAAAAGCAAUAAUACAGCGCAGUUUAAUACAAAGAAGGACGGCAGUUCCACCUCCAUUAGUGUUAACAAUGCUGAACUGCUAAAUGUUGACUUUGACAACAGAGAUGGGAUUCUCAAGUUUGACGGCGAUUUCACAUGGCUAAUGUACAUUUAUAUCGAUGGCGCCAACACUCCCAACGUAAAACUCUUGCACUACUAUGGAUUUACAUUAUUCUUAUCCGACAUAUCCAAAUCUCUUGAGAAACGAAGUUGGUACUUUAUCACGUUGAUUUACGUCAAGUCCCUGAGUUCAUUGGCCGUGUACAUCAAUGGCAAGUUUGAUGUCGAAUUUGAUAACAUUGAAUUAUUCAAGUCAAAAGACAUCGCUGAUUCCGUUGUAAUCCAAGGUGCAGAAGAAAGUGGAAGACUGAGGUUGACGUGUGUGAGCGUAUACGCUGCUGCAUUAGGGAUCGACGAUAUUCAAACAGCAAAAGAACGAUGCCGCCUUGAUGACAUUGUUGCAUCGUGGCCUUUAGAUAAGCUCUAUGGUAGCUCUGACGUCAGUAGAAACGCCUACCACAUCGUCCGCGAUCGUGUCCAAUAUGGCACCGGAAUAGAUGGAUCUGAAAAUGGCUCUGUUAAAACAGGGAAGCUUCCUAGUAAUGGUUAUCUCUCAAACCUUAAGAUUCCAACAAUGCUGGUCAGGCAUCAACUCUCAUGGCUUGGAUAUAUUUAUAUCGAAUCCCUAUCUUGUGACAGUCCACUCGUUGACUUCUCAACUAAUGGUAUUCCAGGGUUUUACAUAUGGAUUCUGCAAAACGGAGGCCUUAAAACAAGAAUAGGGUUUUAUGAUGUCACCGGGGAAAAGGACACUAUUACAACAGACCGUAAACUAUUUGAGUUUAAAACUUGGUAUCACGUGGCGUUCACCUUUGAUGGUUCAGUUGGGGUACAAUACAUAGAUGGAGUACGAGUGGCUGAGAAAAAUAUAAGCCUCAACGGUGAUAUUCUUAAUGGACCGGGAUAUAUUGGAAAGAGUGCAAACAGCCAGAUGUAUUUUGACGGUAGACUUGCAUGUGUUCAAAUUUACAGAGUAGCUCUCACUGAUGAUCAAAUCAAUGACAAAAUGAAUUGUCUUGCAUGUAGUAGGCAACCGAUUUCACCAAAAACUGUAUCGGCUCAAGUUUCCGGGGGUGUACCUGCAUAUCCAAACAGCUGGCCUUGGAUGGUGCAGUUUAUUUUGAAACGGGUGCGCCUGAUUGCCAAUGGAUAUGUGUGUGGUGGUAUCUUAUACAAACCAAAUGUUGUAAUAUCUGCUGCUCAUUGUUUUGUUGACAAACGGAAGGAGGAUCUCCGGGUUAUUAUAGGGGCACACUGGCGAUUCGGAAUCAGAGAUGAAGAAGGCGUUCAAAUGAUUGGUGUUCGUGAAAUGUUCGUGCAUCCCGAUUUUGAUGGGGAUAGUUUUGAUAAUGACAUCGCAGUGAUUCUACUUGACAAAAAUGCUAUUUUGAGUGAUUCCGUUCAACCAUGUUGUAUAGAGGAAGAUCUAAUGCCAGAAGGAACUGAUUGUUUCGUGACUGGUUGGGGCACAACUCAAAAUGCGAAUGAGAGAACUGAUAAACUAAGACAAGCCCAUAUACCAAUUCUUGAAGAAAAAAAGUGCAGGGAACCCAGACGAUACGAAAGACCUCUCACCAGAAACAUGUUUUGCGCUGGAACUUGGAAUGGAACUGUUGAUUCGUGCGGGGGUGACUCUGGGGGACCCCUCGUCUGUAGAUAUUCAACAAAAUCUCUAUUCAAGUUAGUUGGAAUCGUUAGUUGGGGACCCGUGGGUAAAUGUGGCCAGGCAUCCCAGCCAGGUGUAUAUACUCAAGUACGAAAUUAUAUAGAUUGGAUUCACGCAAAGAUAUCAUUAAAGAAAGAGACGGUCACCACUUCUGCACCAUCAAGGCCUAAGACAACACUUUCCCAAGGUUGUGGAAUACCUGGUAUAGGUGUUAUGGGGAAGACAAUAGGAGGGAAUGAGACAAUCCCUCAUAGAUGGCCUUGGGUGGUUGCAAUACUAUUCGAUGGAAACAUUCACUGCGGCGGUACCCUGUACAGUCGGGAUAUUGUAAUAACUGCUGCUAGCUGUGUCGUGGGUCGGUUCGGGGAAAUCAGCUUAUUGACGGUUCUUGUUGGAACCCAUACACCAAUUCUCGGUGACGAGUUGGUACAACGUAGAGAUGUUGAAACAGUCGUCACACAUCCACAGUUUAGAGAGGACAGGAGAAUGCCAUUUGCAAAGUUCAAUGAUGUGGCCGUGAUCAAGCUAUCUGACCCAGUUUCUUAUGACGAACAUGCCCGACCUAUAUGUCCACCGAUCUCAUCACCUGUAGACGACAAACUAUGUAUUUCCACAGGAUGGGGCUUCAUGCACCAAUCAUUACACCAAGUUGAAUUGAGUAUUCUUGGUAUAAGUGACUGCAGAAAGAUAUACAAACGUAAGGUGACGAAUGAUAUGCUUUGUACACACGACUCAACAGGUAAAGACCAAAAUGUGUGCCUGGGAGAUGGAGGUGUCCCCUUAUUUUGCGCUUCGCCAGAUGAUCCAAAUGUAUACCACCUUGCCGGUAUAUCGAGCUGGGGUCCCAAUCGUAUCUCAGAAUGUAAGAUAAAACCAAGUGUCUUCAUGGAUGUAUACUCUUACUUAGAUUGGAUUAAUGAUGUUAUCGACAGUUUAUAAAUAAAUAACUAUACUUUUUCAUAAAAAA